AGCCACGCCCCCUUCACAAGCAAAACAUCAAGCAGCCGUGCCAGCAAGGCCCUUUGUUUUCAAAGAUUAUCAACAAUUUAGUAAAAUAUAAAAGUGCAUUCAGGAGAGCUGAGUAGCUUAAGGCUUAAUGUAAUUUGAGAAUUUCUGGAGACGUGAAUUAAAAUUUUGAAAUGUCUCCCAGAGACAAGGAUGACCUGAAAGAAAGAGAAAUGCUGCAGGCGGUGGUCAUCGAUGACCUCGUCAGUAGCGAGUACGGCUCUGCAGGACUGAAGAGUCUGCUUCCCUUUGCGAACAUCCAAGCGAUUGACUACACCCUCUCGUGCCUAAGUGAUGUCGGGGUCAAGCAGACCUUUGUGUACACAGCUCGAAGAAGUGAACAGCUGGAAGACCAUAUUGGGCGUUGUGGUUGGAACGAGCCAGGAUCGAUGGCCGUGAAGGUGGUUGCGUGCGAAGGAUCUCAGUCCUUCGGGGACCUCAUGCGAGAACUGGACACCAGCAACAGCAUUCAAGGCAAUUUCCUUUUGCUUUACGCCGACACCGUCUGCACUGCCGAUCUAAAACCCAUCAUCAAUAAGCACAAAGCCACCGCAUUGAAGGACAAAAACGCCGUCAUUACAAUGGUUUACACUCACACCAACCCCAGGCACGAGGGCCAUUCCCAAGAGCGCGAAUUGGCUCUCGGACUGGCAAACGGACGUGUGGUUUUUCACAAACGAGUCAAGACGGACAGCCAUGACCUCGAAGUGCCUACGGAGUUGCUGCUGAGCAACUCGAGUGUGGAGCUCAGAUUUGACCUGCUGGACCCCUGCGUGGCUGUCUGUUCUCUAACGGUGCCUCCGAUCUUUUCGGACAACUUUGAUUUUCAAACGAGAGACGACUUCGUCAAAGGGCUGCUACUCAACGAAGAUAUUUUAGGACACACCAUGUAUGCGCACGUCCUCGAGCAGGCGUAUGUUGCAAGGGCAGCUUCUUUGUCUUCUUACCACGCAAUGAACAUGGAUGUCCUCAGACGGUGGACUUUUCCGAUGGUGCCGGACGCGUCUUUCUUACUUACCGAUGCAGCUUUUAAUUACAACAUUGACCAGAAUGUCUGCUCACAACCAGGAGUUAGAAUAGGACGAAGUGAUGUUGAAGAUUGUGUAAUUGGAUCUGAUUCGAAAAUUGGCAACAACUGCCACUUGAAGAUGUGUGUUGUAGGCAAAAACUGUGUUAUAAAAGAUGAAGUCCAAUUAAACCACGCUGUUCUCUGGGACAACUGUGUUAUUGAGAAAGGCACCAAGGCAGACAAUAUUUUUGCUCCUGCGAACUCACAAUUAGAUAAGUCUAAAGUGCAGAAAUUUUCUACAUUGACCAGCAAAAAUGCAAAUCAGAAGGAGGCAAAUGAGCCAAGUGAUACGGAAAGCAGUGAGGAAGAGGCUGACGAUUUUGGCCAGAUGGACGAAUAUGAAUCUUUCUUCAACGAAGUGCAAGACAGUCUGAUGAGAGGAUUCAAGGAGAAAGUGAACACUGACGAUCUUGUGGUUGAGAUCAACUCGUCUCGGUUUGCGAACGACAUCCCUGCUUCCGAGGUCAGCCAAUGGGUGUCAAAGGUCAUUUUUGGGCUGCCUCAGCAGGUUUCUCAGCCGGCCAAAGUUGUGCUCUCUUAUUUUAAACCAAUCUUUGCAAAGUACGUCUCUAAUAGUGCCAAGGACCAACUCAACUGCCUCACAGCUCUGGAGGAGGUAACAACUGGCGCUAACAAUGCCGAGGAAGCAGCUCGAUUGCUCGGUCUGCUUUACAACUGGGAGAUACUCGAAGAGGAUCCAAUCAUCGAGUGGUUCGAGAAUAAUGCCGGGGAUCAGUUAAAACAACAGCAAAACAUGAGGACCUUCAUCACUUGGCUUAGGAGUGCGGAGGAGGAAUCCGAAGAGUCUGAUUAAGUCUUCACUAAAUUUUUGUCUGUUGCAAUGGCUAUGUCAAAGUGACAUUCUGCUUAAUAAACUCCUUUAUUUCAGAAGAAAAAUAAAUA